AGAAGAAGACGACGACGACGAAGCUUCCCGCGGGAGAUGACACUCAGCGGAGCUAACAGCGAACCAACUUGCUGCAGUUAUUAGAGACAUUGUUGUUUUACUUUUCCGACAUGGAAACAACGUGCGAAAAAAACACAGAGAAGAAGAACCCCCAUCCACCGUGGGAGCUGAACACGAUGAAGAUGAAUAUGAAGAAUCAGGAGCAGAGAGUGAAGAGUGGGUUAAUAAAGAGGAGGAAAGUGACGACUCUGACGAGCACUCCCCCGCUGACAAUGACAACACCAUGCAGACGGAUGACCCUGUACCUAGUUCUGGGUGGACAUCCAAGAGUGGGCUGGAAUGGUCUCCAACUGAUGCAGACACCAUGCGCUACAUUGCUCCGCCCAUCAAAGCCACUGGACCUACAUGUUAUGCUAUUGACAGGAUCACUAACCUGGAAGAUAGUUUCGAGCUCAUGGUAACGCCAGAAAUUGUCAAACACAUCAUGGAAAUGACGAACCUCCAUGGCAGACACACUGUGAAGAAUUGGACGGACACCGACACUACUGAGAUUAAAGCCUACAUCGGGCUGUUGAUCUUGGCCGGCGUCUACAGGUCUAGAAAUGAGUCGACAGCCAACCUCUGGAGGGACGGCACCGGGCGGCCCAUCUUUGCCGCGACCAUGGCGCACAAGAGAUUUUCACUACUCUCCACCGUCAUCCGUUUUGAUGACAAGCAAACCCGGCAGGCACGUUUAGUCCGCCAGCCAGACAAGCUGGUAGCGAUUCGGGUGAUUUGGGAUAAAUGGCUGCGUCAACUUAAGAGUGUUUUCAUCCCAGACCGGGAAAUUACCAUAGAUGAAAAGGUGAUCCUAUUCAGAGGCCGUUGUCCUUUCCAGCAGGCCAUGCUCAAAAAGCCAUUCAGAUCCGGCCUAAAGAUUUGGGUACAUCCACAAUAGCAAGCCUGAGCUUCCCCCAGCUCUGCUGCAGACGCGGAGAAGGGUUAUAAACUCCUCCGUCUUUGCUUUCCGCAAGAAAGCAACCUUGGUGUCGUACAUCGGGAUGCCUAGGAAAAAUAUCAGCACCAAGCAUCGGAAGCCUGAAGUGACCAGCGGCAAGAGUCGCAAGCCCCAGAUGGUGCUGGAUUACAACCGCUGGAAGAAAGGCGUGGACGUCCUGAAUCAGCUGGCGGCCACCUACUCAUGUAGGCAAAGGACACACCGUUGGCCGAUGGCCCUUUUCCACCACGUCAUUGACGUGUCUGCUGUCAAUGCAUCAAUCCUGUGGACAGCGGCGCAGCCCAACUGGAAGCAGGGCAACCCGACCCGUCGGCGGCUCUUCUUGGAGGAGCUGGGGAGGGCACUGACCUUUCCACUGAUGGCCACAAGGCAGCGCCUUCCCCACCAGCCAGGUGCUGCUGCCAUGGUGACACAAGCCCAGGACCUUGCCCCUGUCACUCCCUCGUGCAAAUCACUCAAGGACACAAGGAGGCAGUGCAAAUACUGCCCAGCCAAAAAAAGGAGGAUGAUCACAACCAUCUGCCAAAAGUGUGAUAAUUACACUUGCAAAGACCACACCACAGUCAUUUGUAACAUGUGUGCCCCUUCUGUCUGGUCUAGACUCUCUCUCACACACACACACACACACACACACACACAGUGCCUCUGUUCCCAUCUGUUCUAAAUGAAUGUUGUUGAAUGAAUAUUGUUUUUCUUGUUAAACAGAUUUUUUUUUUUUUCCUAGAGAAUCCUGAAUAUGAUUAUGGAAAUAUUUUUUAUGCUCAAGUCUGAAGUUGGAGCAGUACAGUCAUUUAGUAUUCAUAUUCAUGUAAAAUACACAACAAUGGUUAUGAGGGUAUUAAAUGGAUUACUUUAAUAAUCUGACACUGCAUUCAAAAAGAGAAAUGUAUCUAGAUCAAAGUUGUUGUUGACCAUAUACCAGACUGUCAUAAACCCUCCCAAAAACAUCCACCUGGCAUUUAGUAUGUUAUUUCUCAUUCUUUUAAUGGUGGGCUUUUAUAAAAUAACAUUUAUUGUGCAUAACGGGGCUGAACUGGAUUAUUGUGGAAUAUGCAAGAGGUGUUGAGAUGUGACUUGCCACGG